GUGCGUGUGGAUGAUGGUCAGUGGCACACGCUAGUAGUCCACAGAAGAAAGCGUCUUGGAGUUCUCAGAGUGGACACUGAACGACCAGUCAAAGGCAUUGCAGAACGUGGGGCCACCACUCUUAAUACGAAUGGCAAGCUCUGGAUUGGUGGAUCCCCAAAGAUGCCAGAUGGCUUGCCUCAUGCCUACUAUCAAGGAUUCCAUGGUUGCAUUGAUUCUGUCCAGGUGGAGAACCGUGACCUUAACCUAGUAACGCAAGGGGAUGCGCCACUCAUCAGAUUUUGUGAUGAGAUGCGGUGAGUGGACAGCUAGACUCAGGAAGAAAGAAAUGUAUAGUUGGUGUCAGAGAGGACAUUUGUGGUUUGCUACAAGAAAACUAUAUUUGAAUAUUUUGUGGGUAAACUAAGAUAAUAUUUUGCCAUCAGCUUACAAAGAGGAGGCACUACAGUCAGAGAAAUUUGUACUUUCAUCAAAAAGUGGAGAACGCUAAGGCAUUGAACAGCAUAGCACUUGCCGUGGUACAAACUUACGUAGUGUAAUGCACAAGUAAAUAAAAAAAAGAACAGAUUAUGUGUAAAUUCUAACAGGAUCAAGUACUUAAGGGAUGGACAAUACUACGGUGUAGUAUAGAUAAAGUGAACUGCCAAGUCAAACAAAGGUUGUGUUCUGUCACAACUCACAUACUAUAGAUGCUUUUAAUUGUUGCACUCAAGCCAAAAAGGUAAAGAUUCUUUAAAGUGUAAAAAUAUUGUACUUAUUUUUUGAGACAAAUUACCUUUGAAUCUGACUGUAACCUAACAUUGGUGUCACUGGACUCAGGAUUCAGUUCCAGGAGAGGGACAUAGCAACUCGAUUCAAACUGUGUGCUCCUGGUAUGUAUAUACAAAGCAUUAGAAUUAAUCACACUUAGAAUGAGUGCCAGUGGUUGUUUGAAAAGGCCAGGUCAUUUGGAUAGGCAAGGGAAGGGCUGACUUUUCUGGUUUGUAUACAUUAUCCAAUAACUGUUGACUACUUGUACCUCUGCAGCAUUUAGGAAAUUCUUAAAAUUAUUAGCAAAUUGAGAAAUAUUUAAAUGUCAUAUUGUAUGGGGUCUAGUUAUGCUGUAUGGGAAAUACAUGAAUUGGCCAAUAUGAGUAAUACUGUAAGUACUUUAUAAAUUGUAUUUUAUCAAUAUUUGUUAAUUAUGUUAGAGAUAUAAAACUAUUUUUAAUAUCCUAAAGCUGUACAGAAUCACGUAAUGUCAACAUAGCGAAGUCAUGUGGGGUCUGCCCUGCAAUUCUUGCACUGGCAGUUUAUAAUAAUCCAUCCAUUUCUUGUUUAAGUUAACUAAGAGUAAGAUUAUGUACAGCACUUACAUUCAUGGAUCAUGUGGGAGCAUUUAUGAAAAAAAUUGUUUUAAGAAUUUAACUGAUGUAAUUACUUUUGAAUGUACAAUGUAAUGUAUAUUUAUGUAUUCUCAUAAUACUCAUACCAUGAUCAAAACUUUUUCAUUCGUUAACUAUCAAUGAAAAUUAAACAAAAUAUAGUUUUGUGCAGUUAUUUUAAUUUUAGCUUCCUCCCAUGAAUGUUGCUAAUCAGGGACCCACACCAGUGUUGGAAACUGCCUCUCCUCCCUUUAGGCAGAGCAAAGGAAGUGUUCAACAAUGGUGAGAAUCCAUAUGUAAUUUGUUAUUUUUUUGUGAAGUUUUAAAAGGGCCCACUUGUCUUCCAGAAGAAUGUGUAAUAUGUACAUAAUGUAAGAUAAUAGAGAAACUAAUUUUUACAAGACGUGCCAACAGUAGGUUAGUGCAAACUCACCAGGUUAGUAUUAAAAUAUAAACUCGUGUAGUUCAUACUGUAAGAUUUAAACAACACAAUUCAUUCCAUAAUUCAGGAAUUUCAAGACAUUCCACAUAGUCUUGAGUUUGCUUCAGUGUACAUGAAAUACUUGAUUAAAAAAAAUGGCCAAUAGUCAUUAGAAAAUGACGGAGGCAAUAAUUAUAUGAUCUAAAUUAAAAGCAGAGAAAUUGUAGAAUUUACCCAAGCCAGAGGUGAAAUACGACUUCAGCCACACUUGUAUUAACUAGGUUAUUAUUUAUUCAAACCAAAAGUUUUAGGUAUUGACAAGAUGAAUUUUAAGCAAAAUCAAGUGCAUCAGAACAGUCAUAUUCAAGACUCACUACACUGUUAACAAACUAAGAUGAUUUGUUUUCAUUAUACUUUUAAUAAAUCAUUGCUAAUAUUUAACAGCCAUAAAAAUGUAAUGUUCCUACAGAUAUUUUAAAUUUGUAAAGAGACAGGACUUGAAAAUGUUUUGAAGAACUUUUAUGUAGAUAAUUCACAGUGUGUUUGCACAUAUUUGUAGAAAAUAAAAAAUAUAAUAA